AUGGUUGUCGGUUUUGUUAAGCUUCUCUUUGUCUCACCAGAGAUCAAUCUGGGCAACCGCAAGGCCAAGUCAAUUCCAGUCCUAAACCCAUUCGAUCAAUAUGGACGAGUAUUCUUCUUUUCCUGGCUAGGCUUUAUGGUUGCAUUCCUAUCGUGGUACGCGUUUCCGCCGCUGUUGACUGUCACCAUCAAGGAAGAUCUGCACAUGACACAAAAUGAGAUUGCCAACUCGAAUAUUGUUGCGCUUCUAGCAACGCUCCUUGUGCGAAUUAUUUCUGGGCCUCUGUGUGACCGCUUUGGUCCUCGCCUGGUAUUCGCUGGGCUACUGCUUAGCGGCGCCAUUCCAACUGCCAUGGCAGGGCUUGUCACAACUCCAAAUGGACUAAUUGCCUUACGAUUCUUUGUCGGAAUCUUAGGUGGCACUUUUGUUCCCUGCCAGGUCUGGUGCACGGGUUUCUUCGACAAGAAGAUCGUGGGGACGGCCAACUCUCUAGCUGCCGGCUGGGGAAAUGCAGGCGGAGGGAUCACAUACUUCGUGAUGCCUGCUGUAUACGACUCUCUCGUCCUUUCGCGCGGCUUAUCCUCCCACAUUGCAUGGCGCGUUGCCUACAUUGUUCCUUUUAUUAUUAUCACUGCCAUAGCAUUGGGAAUGCUCUUCUUCUGCGAGGAUACACCAACGGGCAAGUGGUCAGAUCGACACUUCUUGAUGAAGGAAUUUUCUGGUACCACAACAGAUGGGAAUAUCAUCGACAUCAAUUCGGGUAACCCAUCCAGUGGAGCAUCUACUGCGGCCUCCGUCAGCAACCUUGGAAAUAUUGACGUUGAAAAGAAAGGAGCCCAGUCACCGCAGGUAGUCGACAAAGACAGCUCUGCAACUGGAGAGAUAGACACUAUCAAGCGCGAAACCGUUGUCGCCCCUUCGCGCAAAGAAUCUCUGAAAGUUGCUUUUAGCCUGUCUACUCUUGCAGUCGCAGUGCCCUAUGCCUGCUCUUUUGGUUCUGAGCUGGCCAUCAAUUCGACUCUGGGAACCUACUACGCAGCAAACUUCCCCAGCAUGGGUCAGACCGAGUCUGGCCGCUGGGCCGCAAUGUUCGGUCUGCUCAACGUUGCGUUUCGGCCUGCUGGCGGUCUCUUUGCAGAUUUACUCUAUAGUCUCACGGGCUCGGUGUGGUCGAAGAAAUUGUUGUUGUCCUUCUUGGGAAUUAUCAUGGGCGCGUUUCUGCUUGCAAUUGGGUUGUCUAACCCGACCAGUGAAGCAACCAUGUUUGGACUCUUUGCUGGCCUGGCAUUCUUUCUGGAAGCCUGCAACGGGGCUAAUUUUGCCGUUGUGCCUCAUGUGCAUCCAUUUGCCAAUGGGAUCGUUUCUGGAAUCGUAGGUGGGUUUGGAAAUCUCGGCGGGAUCAUCUUCGCCAUUGUCUUCCGGUACAACGGAGAUCAGUAUGGGCGAUCUCUUUGGAUCAUGGGCGUCAUUUCGCUGGCGGCGAACGCGGCUGUCUGUUGGAUUCGACCGGUUGCUUCCAGCCAGAUGGUGUGCUCGUAA